AUGUCGGUCUUGCUAGAAACGUCUGCUGGCGACAUAACCAUCGACCUCUAUGUCGACGAAGCUCCAAAGGCAUGUGAAAACUUCCUGAAACUAUGCAAAAUCAAGUACUACAACUACUCGCCUAUAUACAACGUCCAACCCAACUUCUCGUUCCAAACCGGUGAUCCCAUUGGUCCCGAUGCCGCCGAAAGCGAUGGAGGCUCGUCCAUUUGGGGUCUCCCUGACGGUGUCACCAAGAAGCCCGCAAAGCCGGAAUCCAUGACUUUCAAGCCCGAAUUUGUUCGCAAGAGGAAGCAUACAGAGAGAGGCACUGUCAGCAUGGCAACAACACCUUCACCCAUCAACCCGGACGAUCGCUUCGCCGCCAGUCAGUUUAUCAUCACUCUCGGCGAAAACCUGGACUUGCUGGAUGGUAAAGCUGCCAUCUUCGGCGAGGUCGUAGAAGGCUUUGACGCGCUUGAGAAGAUCAAUACCGCUUUCGUCGACGACAAGGGCCGUCCACUCAAGGAUAUCCGCAUCCUACACACCGCCGUUCUAGACGACCCGUACGAUGACCCAGAAGGCCUGAUCGAGCCGCCGAAAAGCCCUGUGCCCACCGCAGGCCAACUCGCUACCGUGCGCAUCGCACACGACGAGGAAAUCGCCGAGAACACAGACCCCGAACAACUCGAAAAGCUGCGUCGCGAGCGUGAAGCACGCGCCCAAGCCUUGACCCUCGAGUUGAUAGGUGACCUUCCAUUCGCCGACGUCACACCGCCCGAGCAAGUGCUAUUCGUCUGCAAAUUGAACCCCGUCACUCGCGACGAAGACCUCGAGCUCAUCUUCAGUCGCUUCGGCAAGAUCCUGUCCUGCGAAGUCAUUCGCGAUAAGAAGACUGGAGACAGUUUACAAUACGCCUUCAUCGAAUUCGCUAGUAAAGAAGAUUGCGAGCGCGCCUACUUCAAGAUGCAGGGUGUAUUGAUCGACGACCACCGUAUCCAUGUCGACUUCUCCCAGAGUGUCAGCAGGCUGGCUGACGCAUGGCGCGAUACGACAAAUCCCAAGACUGCCAGGAAGAAGGGCGGAUUCGGUGGUAUUGCUGGAUUAGAAGCAAAGAGACACUAUAGGGAAGGCGAGAGAUAUGGUGGUCGUAACAGCCGUGGUGAGCGCUACGACUAUGUCUUCGACAAAGACGGCAAGCGUAGAGAGGGCGGCAGGGACGACCGAGAAAGGAGUCCUGUACGAAGUCCACCUCGCCGUGACAGAAGUCCACCUCGCCGCGACAGGAGUCCGCCACGCCGUGAGCGAGAGAGGAGCCCCAGGCGGGAUAGCAGGCGAGAUGACCGCCGCGAUCGUGAUCGUGACGACAGACGGCGCGGUGGAGACAGGUACCAUGAUGACAGCUACCGUAGAUCAAGACACUGA